AUCUCGGAGGUCAUGAAGCAACGUAGAUCUUAAUAUUAAAUCAUUCUGCCACUACUGACAAAUAGACGCUGCCGACUACACAAAGUCAGCUAUUUUCUUCCUUCAUUAACUUGUCCAUAUAGACGCCUCUUUUUCGUUUAUCAAUUCGCGACAGUGCGCGAAGCGUGCUUGUCAGAGAACACCUAUUCGUUGUGCUUGUCGUGCGUGUUGCCGUAAAACUGCUGUCUCCGUGAUACCUGUCUAUUCCUCAAGUCUGCGUAACAAGUUAUAACGCAUCAAAGUAUCAAAUAAGUAUUCGGUGUCGUUGGAUUAUGAAAACCCGUGACAGUGCGUCUGGCGACAUGGAAGAGUGCCACCGAAUGAGCGCUUUGGAAGACUGCGAAGUGCUGUUGAACGACUUGGCGGAUACGUCUGACCUUCCCACGUCGCUCAUAAUAACCAACGUCGACGUUAGCGUCUUCACAGACCCGGAACAAAAGGCCAAGUUUGAGGAGAUGUUUGAGCUCAUCGAGCCUGGUGCCACUUUCGGAUACUUCCGCAGCUUCCGCCGUGCGAGGGUCACCUUCGAAAGCCCGGACUCUGCGGCCCGAGCGCGCAUCCACUGCCACCAGAUGCAGUUUGGCGAAAGCGUUCUCAACUGCUACUUUGCUCAGGCCUCGUCACCGGAGGAGGGCAAGGAUGGCCACUUGCAGCCCCCGUCUCCGCAGCGACAGUUCCUCAUUUCGCCGCCUGCAUCGCCACCUGUCGGCUGGGAACCCGUUGAAGAACGCGAACCAUGCAUCAACUACGACAUCAUUACAGCCCUGACCAACCUCGCACCAGGUGAGCCACACGAGCUACACCCAGCCUCGGAGACGCAGCCGGGCAUUGUGGUGCACGUGUGCGAGGAGGUGUCCGCAUUGGAGCCCAAGCGUGAGAAGCCCACCUUCAUACACACGCCUUGUCCCGGCAGAUCGUGCAACGAAGAAUCGUCGUAGGGCUGUAAACUGAGUGGCUCCUUACAACCAUGGCUGGAGCAAGCCAUUUCUUGAGAUUUUGGCGGUCGGCAUGCCUAGUUGAGGCUGUGACAUGUGCAAUACCUAGGUGCUUGCCGUUGUGGAGCUGUACUCGUGACCGGGCUACACGUGCCGAGGCACCCGCGCCUGUGUUCACUACUCGUCCCGACCAGCAGCUCUCAAGAGGUCGUCUCUUGGCUGUUUUUAAAUCUGUGAAAAUAUUUCGCUACGAUCUAAGAACGCGUCGUUCGUAAGGCCUCCUUUCAUAUCCAGAUAAGCUGUGUGCAUCAAAAAGCAGUUCUAUAAUCUCCUCAUGUGACUCCUUCUGAACUAUGCUCUAAAUUUUGUUAAAGCCCCUGAAUUUUGUUAAAUAAUAACUCAAAAGCUUUUGCUGUAAGUAUUACUUGCAGAUAUUUUUGGAUUGGUGUGCAACUGUACAGCAAAGUGGUUCAAUGAACAUCCUUUUGUGAGGUCUUGCAACAACUGGCACUUGAUUUUGGGCAUGAUGAUGCCACAGACAACGAAAAGUGCCAAUGUAGUGUGUUGCAAAUACUGUGCAUUGAUAUCAAAUGCAUGAUGUAGGAUAAUCAAUGUGCAUUGCAACCUGGCACACUAUCGUUUACACCUCUAUCUAUUCAGUGAAGGAAAAAAAAGAAGCUUUUCAAAUUAAGGAAAUGUUAGAAAAUGGUUGCUGUGUUCGUGUGCAAGUGAAUGCAAUCUUAAACAUGUAAUCUCAGUAUUUUUUAAAUAUAAAAGGUCUUUUUCAUGUUUAUAAAAUACCUUCAGGAAUAACAACUGAUCUGAAAAGUGAUUAUGUUCACGAGAUAUCUUUGGAUCCAUUGGUGAUGUGGAAUUCGCUCCUUUCUCAAAACUGGAGCAUUGUUAGUUGGGCUGUAGAAUGCAUUCUCGACUAUGAAAAGUGUUAAAGCAAACAAGUUUCGUGAACAUUAGUAGUGGCAGCUUACACAGUGUUGUUAUUGUAACACCACAAUGCACGAUUCCUGCCACUCUCAUCAUAUACUCAGAUGCAUUUACCCUGCAGAACCACGGCUCGUGGCGAACAAACCUUCGGGUGGGCACGUGACUUGAUAGCACAGUCCUCAGAUCUUCACGGCAUGGACCGCAGGAAAAUCGCAGCGUUAGCAUAUGCUUGUUUGUGUGUUGAGGCAUGAUGCUGAAAAGUAGUAGUUAAGAGGAGAUGGGAGCCAAAAAAUGCAAGGUUUUC